AUGAUUGAUUUGAAAAUCGAGAAUUCUGAAUUGGAUGUUUGCUCUGCUAUAAAAGCUGUUAAUACACCCCAAUGUGGAGCAAUAUCAAUAUUUAUUGGAAUAACUAGAGAAAACUUUAAUGGAAAUAAAAUUAAAACAUUAUUUUAUGAAGCUUACGAGUCAAUGGCCUUGAACGAAAUGGAAAGCAUUACUAUAUUGGUCAGACAAAAAUGGCCUGAAGUCGUAAACAUUGCAAUACAUCACAGGUAACUUGGAACAUAGAAACUUGGUUUUCAUAAAUUACAAUGUUGUGUUCCUAAAAAUUAUUUAAUUCUUUGUAAGGAUUGGUGAAGUAAAAGUUGGUGAACCUGGUGUAGUGAUUGCAGCUUCAUCUCCUCAUCGCAAACAUGCCCAAGAAGCUGUUUCAUUUAUACUAGAUAGAUUGAAAACCACUGUUCCUAUUUUUAAAAAAGAACUAUUUGAAGACGGUAGUGGUGAAUGGAAAGCUAAUGUUGAAUGUAGUUGGAAAAAUAAUAAUAAACUUAAUUGUUAA